UGAAGAACCAACACCCAAGCUUUUACUCAGUUACUCUCUACGUGUGAGAAAAGACCCAACCAACUCCGAUGGUGAACGCCGUGAAGGUAUUCAAGAAAACCGCCCCUAAUGGUAAGAUCACCGUCUACCUAGGUCGCCGCGAUUUCGUGGACAACACCACCUCGACCGAACCUGUUGAUGGAGUCAUAGUCUGCGACAAUGACUACCUCCGGGGCCGCAAGGUCUUCGCCGCCGUCACGGUCACGUACCGUUACGGCCGCGAGGAGGAUGAGGUCAUGGGCCUUAACUUCAGCAAGGAGAUGCAGCUCGCCACCCAGCAGGUGUACCCGAGCUCCGACUCCCGCGAGCCCACGGCCGUCCAGGAGCGCCUCGUGAAGAAGCUCGGCGCCAACGCCUACCCCUUCGCCGUGACGCUCCCCGAGACCGCCCCCUGCUCCGUCCAGCUCCACUCGGGCGACGAUGAGACGAGCAAGCCCAUGGGUGUCAUUUAUGAGCUCCGCGUCUUCGUGGGCGAUCACUCCAACGAGAAGCCCCACAAGCGCAACUCCGUCGCCCUCGCCGUCAGGAAGGUGCAGUUCUCUCCCGUGGCCGGCAACAAGCGCCAGCCCAGCACCCUCGUGUCCAAGGGCUUCGCUCUGUCCUCCGGAAAGCUCAACAUGGAGGUGACUCUCGACAAGGAGCUCUACUACCAUGGCGAGCAGGUCAACGCUACCAUCAACAUCAACAACGGUAGCAAGAAGACCGUCAAGAACAUCAAGUGCUCCAUCAUCCAGCACGUUGAGGUCACCAUGACCAGCAACCAGUUCUCGCGUGAAGUGGCAUCUCUGGAGUCGAAGGAGGGCUGCCCCAUCACCCCAGGCUGCAACCUCCAGAAGAGCUUCAACAUGACGCCUCUUGCCUCCUCCAACAAGAGCAAGUCAGGCAUUGCUCUCGACGGCAAGCUGAAGGACACGGACGCCAACCUGGCCUCCUCCACCGUCGUGGCCGCUGGCAAGAACGUCAACGACGCCUGCGGUAUCAUCGUGUCCUACUCCAUGCGCGUCAAGCUCAACUGCGGUGCUAUCGGCGGCGACCUGACUGCCGACCUGCCCUUCAAGCUCAUGCACCCUGUGGCUGGUGGCUCAACCAAGGCUCCUUCUGACACCACCUACACGGGCGGCGAGGACCUGGAGUUCGAGGACUUCGCCCGCCUCCGCCGCGGCGCCUCCGUCGACCAGCCCUAGACGGCGCUCGGCUCCUCAGCCAUAUGUAACACACAGUAUACGAGCAAUCGGAAAUGCCUGCCUAAAAGACAGCUAGAAUGGGUUCCUAAGCUAGGCUAUAUUUGGAAUUUCACUCAUAUUUUUUCCCUUUGCCGGACCAUGAAAUGAUAGUUUCUGUCUCCGAUAUGAUAAUGUCCUGAAAUAUAAAUAUAUAUAAAUAUUGUAUUCCGUGAAUCAAUCAAUGUGUAUAUGCAUAUAUAAAGAUAACUUAGUUGUCCAGUUAUAAUACAAUAGUGUAGUAUGAGCAUCAACGACGUCUUAUUUAUAUCCCGUCUUAAUCUUAUAUUUAAGACAAAAUAAUUUCAAUCUUAUGAUGUCAGUGACAUGACACGACCUUUUUCUGCCAGGUCUUUUUUU